AUGGCCAUGGUCCCAAAUCCCCAGCAGGCAUUGAUCUGGGCCUUGAAUGAACUUGAAGAAAAAAAUUUCAAAUUAUUGAAAUACCACUUACAGAAUAAGACCCCAGCUAAGGGCCAUCGCCAGCUGACCCGAGGGGAGCUGGAGGGCCUGAGUCAGCCAGAUCUGGCAUCUCAACUGAUUUUAAUAUAUGGAGCACAGGAGGCUGUGAAAGUGGUGCUUGAAGUCUUGAAGGAAAUGCACUUGAUGGAACUUGUGGAUCAGCUCAACCUCGUUUGUUUAAAUGAUUACAGAGAAAUAUACCGGGAGCAUGUGCGUUGUCUAGAAGAGAGGCAGGAAGGAGGGAUCGACAGUACCUACAAACAGCUGCUCCUUGUGAUCAAGCCCAGCGCUGAGAGCUCCAGAUCAGCUCUCAGUUCAGAGUGGGAGCUGGAUUCUGUCCAGGUGGAGGAUCUGUUUGGUUCAGGAGAGAUACCUGAUCCAGCCCCACGUGUAGUGGUGUUCCAAGGGAAUGCUGGCACUGGCAAGACAACCCAGACAAAGAAAAUGCUGCUGGAUUGGGCCAAUGGUACCCUUUACCAAGGCUCGUUUGAUUAUGUCUUCUACCUGAGUUGCAGAGAAGUGGUCUUGCUGCCAGGAAGAAAACUGGACCAGCUCCUCUUCUGGUGCUGUGGGGACCAGGAAGCCCCCAUCACAGAGAUUCUGAAGCAGCCGGAGAGGCUCCUGUUCAUCCUGGAUGGCUUUGAUGAGCUUCAGAGGCCCUUCAGGCAGCCGAGCCCCAUGGAGAACCUGCUGUACCGCCUCAUCAGGAGGAAGGUUCUUCCCACGUGCUCCCUGGUUAUCACUACACGGCCCUCGGCUUUGCGGAAUCUGGAGCCCUUGCUGUAUCAACCCAGCCAUGUCCACGUCCUAGGCUUCUCUGAGGAGGAGAGGAGGGAGUAUUUCAGCUCCUAUUUUACCAAUGAGGAGCAAGCCAGAAAUGCUUUUGAAGUUGUCCAAGGAAAUGAUGUUCUUUACAAAGCGUGUCAGGUGCCAGGCAUUUGCUGGAUGGUCUGCUCCUGGCUGAGGAAGAAGAUGGAGAGAGGCCAGAAGGUCUCAGAGAUGCCCAAUAACAGCACUGACAUCUUCACUGCCUACGUCUCCACCUUCCUGUCACCAGACGACGACAGGGGCCCUGCGCUUACUCGGCACGGGGUCCUGGAGGGUCUUUGCUCCUUGGCAUUUGAGGGGACCCAGUGUCACAGGUUUCUAUUUGAAGAAGCUGACCUCAGGAAACACAAUUUAGAUGGGCCCAGACUUGGUGCUUUCCUGAGCAGCAACAAUUACCAAGAAGGACUUGGCAUGAAGAAGUUCUACAGUUUCCGGCACAUUAGCUUCCAAGAAUACUUUCAUGCGAUGUCUUACCUAGUAAAAGACAACCACAACCAGCUAGGAAAGAAGUCCUGCAGAGAAGUGGGAAAACUGCUGGAGGAAAGGGACAAGGAGAUGAAUCUUUGUAUGCAGUUUUUAUGGGAUAUAUCGAAAAAAGAGAACUGCUCCAACUUGGAGCUAAAGUUCUGCUUCAGAAUUGCCCCUUCGAUAGCACAGGAGCUGAAGUAUUUUAAACAACAAAUGGAAUCUGUGAAACAUAAAAGAAUCUGGGACUUGGAAUUCUCCCUUUAUGAGGCUCCAAUAAAGAAUCUGGCAAGAAGUGUUCAGAUGACUGGUGUGUCAUUCAGAGUGGAUCAUUCAAAUAUGAGACCCCAUGGAAAGAAUUCAUUUUGUGUCAAAACCAGCUUGAUUGAUGGACAGAGAGCGGAUCAGCAGUGUGCUCUUAUGGGCCAAAGUAACAUGGUACGGGCACAAAAGGCGAUUUCUAAUGAAAAAGACAGAGAAACAGAGGAAGUAGAUAAAGAAGUUGGGGACAGUGGGAUGGGAAUCAGAGAAAUAAGACUGUUAAAGGGUCUGAAGCUCAUUGAAAUGGAAGGACAGGAGGAAGAAGGAAGACAGAGUGAAAAGGAUGGAGCGAUGAGAGAUCAGACUAAUGGCCAUUAG